CCCAGAACUCACAUGGAGUAUGAGAACAGGCUCACUAUGAAAAUGUUUCUGUUCCAGUUUGUCAACUACUAUUCAUCCUGCUUCUACGUGGCCUUCUUCAAAGGGAAGUUUGUUGGUUACCCAGGUGCCUACACAUACAUGUUUAAUCGCUGGCGAAAUGAAGAGUGUGAUCCUGCGGGCUGUUUGAUAGAACUGACGACACAGCUCACCAUAGUCAUGGCUGGCAAACAGAUCUGGGGAAAUAUCCAAGAGGCCAUUGUACCCUGGAUUUGUAACUGGUGGGGACGCCGGAAAGCCAGAAAUAAUCCGGAAAAUUUAUACAGUCGCUGGGAGCAAGACCAUGAUCUGCAGACAUUUGGAGCCUUGGGCCUGUUCUAUGAAUAUCUAGAAAUGGUCAUUCAGUUUGGAUUCAUUACUCUCUUCGUGGCAUCCUUUCCUCUGGCUCCCCUUCUUGCUCUGAUGAAUAAUAUCCUGGAGAUUCGAGUAGACUCCUGGAAAUUAACCACUCAGUACAGGAGACCUGUGGCUGCGAAAGCACAUAGCAUAGGAGUUUGGCAAGAAAUCCUGAACGGAAUGGCCAUCUUGUCUGUUGUCACUAAUGCUUUUAUUGUUGCAUUCACGUCAGAUAUGAUUCCUCGUUUAGUUUACUACUAUGCUUACUCUGAAAAUGAAGACUCGCCUAUGUCUGGAUACAUAAACAACAGUUUGUCAGUGUUUCAAAUCUCAGAUUUUCCUGAAAGAAACGAGCCUAAAGAGAAUCCAGAAAACUUUGUCAUAUGCAGAUACAGAGACUAUCGAUACCCUCCAGAUCAUGAGCGGAGAUAUUUACACACUAUGCAGUUUUGGCACAUUCUUGCUGCAAAACUGGCCUUUAUAAUUAUUAUGGAGCAUGUUGUAUUCGUCGUCAAAUUCUUUGUAGCAUGGAUGAUUCCUGAUGUCCCUGCAGAUGUGAAAGCCAAAAUAAAACGUGAAAAGUAUUUAACACAGAAAAUCCUACAUGAGUAUGAACUUGAAAAACUGAAGGAGAGACUGUGUCAAGGUGAUAAACGAGCCACAGAAAAGGAGUUCAUUGCCACAGAAGGGAGAAUGGAGUUAUCCAGAGCAAUGUAGCUGAAAAACCAGCUGUUUGGGAUUUAGCUCAUUUUAGCUUUUUUAUUUGUUAUUUGCUCAGUAUACAUCAUCUUGAAAGCUAUAGGACUGUUUCAACCCUUUGCUUU